AUGUCACCAUCUUUAAAUUACGCCGGCCUCUUCACCGUCUUUCUACAGACAUGCCUUGCGCAGAAUCACAGCAUUGUCUCCAUCCCAUAUGAGUUGACAUAUCUUCUUCCUUCACCGUUUCACGGCAAUCUGCUUCACAGCUUUGUCAAUGGAACCAAUACGUCGGAUGCUUCAACCAACGAACUCCUUCAAUCUGCCACCAAAGCACCCUUCAUCUCAUAUGAUGACGAAUUCCUAGCGCUCCUCGGCCAAAACCCAGCCAUUGAGUUGAUCGAGGAGCGCCCCGGCAACUUUGCGGGAGAAGCUGGCGUGUGGAUUAGCGACCGGAAUGAAGUCUGGUACACGACUUGGAUCAAUGACGGGCCUACCCACGUGGAAAUUCUGGAUUUGAACAAUAACAGCAUCAGAAACCUGACUUCUUCGAAGCCGUUGGAGAACCCGAACGGAGGAUUCUACCACAAAGGUCUCAUGUACUUCACUUGCUUGCGAGACGACUCUCGAGACUGGUCUGGCGGGGUCGUAUCGGUCGACCCUGAGACCGGCCACGUCGAAACUGUGCUCAACUCCUACUUUGGUCUCAAGUUUGACAACAUUGACGACGUGGCAUGGGUCACGCAGCCGGGAACAAACAACUCGUACAUGUUCAUCACUAUACUGCCUUUUGCCGAGGGCUCAAACACGACCGAUCGCCUGCCUCAGGGUCUGUGGCGCUGGGAUCCCCAGAAUAGAGUCUUAUUACCGGCUAUCAGCAGGACCGAGUUUCCCGUCGCCAACGGCGUCCGGCCGUCGAGAGAUCAAAGGACUCUUUGGGUCACCGACUUUGGCGGCGAAGAGCGAAGCAGAAUUUGGGGGCUGCCGGCCCAAGUAGGAGCACCUGCGAUCUAUAGCUACGAGCUAGAUGAAAAUAUGUGGCCUGUCAACAAGCGUAUCUUUGGUGUCUCGAGAAUGCAGGCCCCGGAUGGCAUCCGCAUCGACGAUAAGGGUAGAGUUUGGACGGGCGAGGGUGAAGGAGUUGUGGUUCGAAGUUCGCAAGGAAAGGUCAUUGGUGUCUUCAAUGGACAGUAUUUCACGAGAGAUCCUGUCAACACGGCGAUCGUACAAUUUGAGCUCGCCGGGGACGUUCUGGUUGUGCUGGGCCAGAAUAAGUUGUGGACUGUCAAGUUAGCUGAGACGGCCUACAGCGCUUAGCAACUUGCAUCAACUUGUACUUUAGAAAAGACCACGAACCCAGGGGAUAACUUAAGGGCAAAUCAAUGAGACCCCAUGGUACAUUGAGAUCCUAGGUAUCAUUCAUAGGAACUAAUAAAUGGGUCGUGUACGUUCGUCCCUCGCUUUGUUGAAACCA